AUGGGUGAUACUAGGGAUGAGUCUGCUUCAGAUAUUAAAAGAUCACCUUAUUCACAAGUUGGAAGAAAAAGUUCUCAGGUUCUUUCUCCUGAUUCUUUAAAAAAAAGAAUUUCUGCUCCAUGGACUUCUUCAUCUAAUAAUCUUUCUGAUACAAAUUUUGACAAUAAAAAUAUGAAACAACAUCAAAUAAAUAAUGAGUUUGAGAAUGUUAAUUAUACCCAGUCAGAAUUAAAACCAGCUUUUGAUCCAAAAGUGGAGUUUGAGCGUUUAAUGAAUACACGUGCAGGGGGCGUUUAUGUUCCACCUGCACGAUUAAAAGCAUUACAGGCACAAAUCACUGAUAAGGAAAGUAAAGAGUAUCAACGUAUGUACUGGGAAGCUCUUAAGAAAAGUAUUAAUGGUCUUAUUAAUAAGGUUAAUACUAUGAAUAUUAAAAAUAUUGUUGUUGAAUUAUUCGGUGAAAAUCUUAUUCGUGGUCGUGGUCUUUAUUGCCGAUCUAUUAUGAAAGCACAAGCAGUAUCUUUGCCAUUUACACCUAUUUAUUCCGCCUUAACUGCUAUAAUCAAUACAAAGUUACCUUCUAUUGGUGAAUUACUUCUUACUCGUUUAAUUGUACAGUUUCGGAAAGCUUACAAAAGAAAUGAUAAGUUUUUUUGUUUGUCUUCUACUAUGUUUAUUGCUCAUUUGAUUAAUCAUCAAGUUGCUCAGGAAUUGGUUGCUCUUGAAAUAUUAGCAUUGCUUUUAGAAAGACCUUCAAAUGAUGCAGUUGAAGUUGCAGUUGGUUUUAUGAGGGAAGUUGGUGCAUAUUUGGCUGAUGUUUCUCCACGUGGUAGUAAUGCUGUUUUUGAACGGUUUCGGGCUAUCUUGCAUGAAGGAGUUAUUGAGAAAAGGGUUCAAUAUAUGAUAGAAGUUCUUUUUCAAGUCAGAAGGGAUAAAUAUAAGGAUAAUCCUAUCAUUCCAGAAGGCCUUGAUUUGGUAGAAGACGGUGACCAGAUUACUCACAUGUUAAGUUUGAAUGAUGAGUUAGAUGUCCAAGAAGGCUUGGGGAUAUUUAAAUAUGAUCCACUGUGGCAAGAAAAUGAAGAUCAAUAUAAGAAAAUUAAAGAUGAAAUAUUAGGUGAAAACAGUGAUGAAUCUUCAGACAAUGAAAGCUCUUCUGAAAGUAGUGAUGAACAAGUAAUUGAUGAUAAAAUACAUAUAAAGGAUGAAACAAAUCAAGCAUUAAUAAAUCUUCGGCGAACUAUAUAUCUUACCAUUAUGUCUAGUGUUAAUUUUGAAGAAUGUGCUCAUAAGCUUAUGAAAAUAAAUAUCCAUGAAGGACAAGAGAUUGAAAUGUGUAAUAUGAUUAUUGAAUGUUGUAGUCAAGAAAGAACUUAUUCUCGCUUUUAUGGUUUAAUUGGUGAACGAUUUUGUAAAUUAAAUCGUUUUUGGACUGAAAAUUUUGAACAGACAUUUUUAAAUUAUUAUGAUAUUAUACAUCGUUAUGAGACAAAUAGGCUUCGUAAUAUUGCUACAUUUUUUGGUCAUCUUUUAUCAUCUGAUGCUAUAAGUUGGCAUGUUAUGCGUUGUAUUCAUUUGAAUGAGGAUGAAACGACUAGUAGUUCAAGGAUUUUUGUGAAAAUAUUAUUUCAGGAGCUAAUGGGUGUUCUUGGUAUAUGUGAAUUAGAUACACGAUUAAAAAAUCCAUUUUUACAAGAAUCUCUUUGUGAUAUGUUUCCUCGAAAUAAUCCAAAAAAUACUAGAUUUGCAAUAAAUUAUUUUACUUCUAUAGGAUUAGGAAUGAUAACUGUUCAGUUACGUGAACAUUUAGAAACUAUAAAAGAUGUUAUUACUGAAAAACAAACUCUUUCGAAAUCUACAUCUUCUUCAAUAAGCACUACAUCAUAUACUACUUCAUAUUUAUCAGGGACUUAUUCUAAUGAUAUUUCUGAGUCUUCGAGAUCAUGUUCUCGGUCACGUAGUCCUAGAAGAAUACAAAGUUCUCGUUUUCGUAGUCGUUCUCGGUCACACAGUUCUAGAAAAAUACAUAACUCUCGUAUGCGUAGUAGUCGUUCUAGGCAGCGAAGUCGUUCUCGUUCACGUAACCGUUUCAAAAUGAAUUCUCGUAUACAUGGUCGCUCUAGAUUACGAAGUCGUUCUCAAUCAUUAAAUCGUUCUAAAUUACGGUCUUUUGGUUCAAGAAAACGAUUGCGAUCUCGUUCUCUGUCACAUGAAUCUAUAAUACAAGGUUCUCGUACACAUAGUCGUUCUAGACUUCAAAGUCGUUCUCGCUCACAUAGUCGUUCUAGGAUGUUGGAGUUCCGUAUACAUAGUCGUUCUAGACUGUGUAGUUCUCGGUCACAUAGCCGUUCUUAG